AUGGCGACUGUUCCACGCGUGGCCUACCGUCGCUACUCCAACGACGUCGUAAAAGACGAGAUUCAACACCGUAAGAAAGCGCGGGAGCAUACGUCAAAAACCUACUUCACCGGAUUGGAUAUUGAAAUGCCCCGAAAACAACCAAAGAAAAGAGGGCCAGUUGAGAUUAGCGAGAAUGUGGAGAAUUUUCCAGCGGCCGGCAAAAAGGUGAAGGUCGCCACCAAAGCUCCGGAUGAAGAAGAGGAGGAAAUCUCGCAUUGGCUGAUGAAGUCCGAGCCCGAGUCCCGGUUCGAAAACGGGAUCGACGUCAAAUUCGGUGUCGAGGACCUGAAGGAAUGUCCGGACCAGACGGCUUGCUGGGACGGCGUCAGGAACUAUCAGGCCCGGAACUUUCUGAGGGAUAAAAUGAAGAAAGGUCACCAGGUGUUCUUUUACCAUAGCAACACGAAGCAACCGGGGAUAUGUGCGAUAUGUGAGGUGGCAAAGGAGGGAUAUGUGGACCACACUCAGUUUGACCCGAAAGAUCCCCACUAUGACAAAAAAUCGACCAGGGAGGAGCCCCGUUGGUACAUGGUGGAUGUGAAGUUCCGGCGCAUGACGCAGCGCUACAUCCCACUCGCGGAGCUCAAGGCGCUGCAUGGACAACACAAGCAGUCAGGCGGAGCGCUCAGGGACCUUUCUCUCUUUACCCGUGCACGCCUGUCGGUCCAGCCUAUCUCACAGGAAGAAUGGGACUUCAUACUAUCCUUGGAGACCACGCCUGCCAAGUGAAAAGUGAAAGACUGUUAUAGUAACCAUUUACAGCCAUAACGUGUUCACCAUGCGGGUUCUAGCUGAGCUAGCCCCUGUCCGUGGCUAUCAUUUUCUUGUCGUUUACUCUGUCGCUACUAGUUUGUUAUUAAAUCGGUGUUAUCCUGUC